UGUGAGAGAAAUGUGAGUACAGUAGAACAUCCUAACCUGACUGGAAUUUCAUGCAGCCAUAAUUUGGUAAAACGUAUCGACGGGGGGUCGAUUUGGUCCGGUAGUUGAUCGUGUAGAUUGAUUGGUCGUGUAGUUGAACAUGGGAUUGAUUCGAAAGUGCAUAGUAGUGUAGAAAGAAACUCAACAACUUUGCAAUCAUUUGCUCCGAUGAAAAGUGGCCAAGCCGUCUGUCGAAUCGACCCAUUGCUGUCGUUGUGUGAAACAAAAAAAAAACUUCGGAGCGGUGAGCACCAGAAACAAGAGAGAGCUUAAAUCACGACUCAGAAGCAUAUUGCUAGUGUGUGUGUUGUGACAAAUAAUAUUCGAAGACGAGUUCCAUACACGCUUUCGUUCCCCAUCGAGAGAGAGGGAGAAUGAGUUAGAGAGAUUCUGCUCCCUAGUGAACUCUCCCGAAAGUUCAGAAGGUGGAUAUUGGAUUUUUAUAUGUAAAGUAAUAUGGAGGAUCUGAAAGAUGGUGAUACAUUUUAGUGAAAUGCUGAUGUUAUUUUAUAAUAAAAGUGAAUAGAUUCGGCAAGACGCUGUGAAAAGGACCGAACUAGGAUUAGUGUUAGACGCUGAAGCCAUUAGAACUACUAGAAGUCAUCGGGAAAGAGGUGAAUGGUAUCUGUCUAGUAGAGUGGAUAUUGUGCGAAAGCCUCAGCAAUUGAAAAGUGCAGAUAAUCGAUAAAUUGGUGUUGAAUUUUUUCCCUCUAUGGCUGUGACACUGGAGUAAUAAAAGUGUAGGCACGUUAAAACAGUAAAUACGGCCGGAAGAAGAAAAAUAUAAGAGGAGAAAAAAUCAGCACCCUUAAUUGACCAGCUUUUGUCGGAAUAAUUGAUUGCAUAUUACUCGGGCGGACAACAACGUUAUUCAGUAGCUGCAGUAUUUGCUCUUCGAUUGUGUCAGAAUGAAUGAGCUGGAGGCACUGAGACAGGAAGCGGAAACGCUUAAAAAUGCUAUCCGCGAUGCCCGGAAAGCAGCUUGUGACACAUCAUUGGUCCAGGCAACGAAUAACUUGGAACCUAUCGGUAGGAUACAGAUGCGAACUAGACGCACCUUGAGGGGUCAUUUAGCGAAGAUCUACGCCAUGCAUUGGGGUAGUGACUCUAGGAAUCUAGUAUCAGCGUCGCAGGACGGCAAACUUAUCGUAUGGGACUCGCACACGACGAACAAAGUCCACGCUAUUCCAUUGCGCUCUUCAUGGGUAAUGACUUGUGCGUAUGCACCAUCGGGUAAUUUCGUAGCCUGUGGCGGAUUAGACAACAUUUGCUCGAUCUACAACCUAAAAACGAGAGAGGGCAACGUCCGAGUAUCGCGUGAGCUACCGGGACAUACAGGCUAUCUGUCCUGCUGUCGAUUUCUCGAUGAUAAUCAAAUUGUCACAAGCUCGGGCGACAUGUCCUGUGGACUGUGGGAUAUCGAAACCGGUCAACAGUGUACGUCGUUCCUUGGCCACACCGGAGACGUAAUGGCACUAUCUCUAUCUCCUCAGUGUCGCGUUUUCGUUUCGGGGGCAUGCGAUGCGUCGGCAAAACUGUGGGACAUCCGCGAAGGCCAGUGUAAACAAACGUUCCCGGGACACGAAAGCGAUAUCAACGCAGUUACCUUUUUCCCAAAUGGACACGCAUUCGCUACCGGUUCGGAUGAUGCAACGUGCCGUCUGUUCGAUAUCCGUGCCGAUCAGGAAUUGGCUAUGUACUCGCACGAUAACAUCAUCUGCGGUAUCACCUCGGUGGCAUUCUCGAAAUCCGGUCGUCUAUUGCUGGCCGGUUAUGAUGACUUCAACUGCAACGUGUGGGACACGAUGAAGGCGGAACGAGCGGGUAUUCUUGCUGGCCAUGACAAUCGCGUAUCGUGCUUAGGAGUCACCGAGAAUGGCAUGGCAGUGGCAACCGGUUCUUGGGAUUCAUUCCUGCGCGUCUGGAACUAAACGGUUUUCGGAAAAGGGAGUACCGGCUGUCGCGCACUCGCAUACUGUUCUAUAGUGACUCACCUAUCCCAGAAAAUGUUUGCUGUCGGGGAAACAGCUACGGCAUGUGCAAUUGCGAAAGAAAGUAACAAUAUGUACCCAAAAGAACACAGCAAGCAAAACUGAGCAAGUACGGAUUUUAGUUAGCGUUAGACAAAAAAAAAUGCAUUUGUGAAACUUCUCAUAUUUAUUGUUUUUUAGUUUGUAGAUUUAUUUAUAGUAACAAGCAAGCACAAAUGCUAAACUGAGAACAAGGAAACGUGAUAGUUUCGCGCAAAUAGUUUUAUUUAAUUGUUUUAUUCUGCAUAUUUUAUUGAUGGUAACGACAAUUGGAUAAACAAACCGCUUUGUUAAUGUUUGAAAUCAGAGAUCAUUGUUUAUCGUCAAAACUGAAAAAUUAAAAUUGAUUUUUUUAUCACCUUCUCCAUCCCCCAACGUGUCGUCCUCAGGUUCGUCAAAAACUUGAUUUUUCCAUCAAAAAUAUUCAGAGAUAUGCGCACAUAUGAAAUGGUAGACUAUUGAUUUGUAAUUAUUUCCUUUUUCGUAUUCCAUUCGAGUAUUGUUUAAUAAGCUGCUUUUCAGCUGUAUUAGAUUUUCUAUCAAAAAUGAAAGUGUUAUUUCUUCUAUUUGUACACAAACAUAUACAUAUAUUUACUAUAAUCUAUUUAUACACGUCUUUGUAUUUAUUUAUUUAGUAUACAAUUAAAGAUGAGAAUAAAAAAAAUGUAACGAGAAUCACUCCGCUGUGCAUAAGCUCCCAAGGGGCGAUAUCUUAAGAGGAAUUUCCAGUCGUUUACCAUCCGACAUCAGUACAGAUUUCCUUAGGGUACAGAGCUUCUGCAUUUGGAGCGAUUCUGUGUAGGCUUCUACUUUGCGGUACGAUUUUUCAAAAGCUUUCAUUGCACUGACUCGUACAAAAUGCUCCUUUGUUCUCGAUGCCAUAAUAGAAUAAUAAUUUGAAUUUUUUCCAUAGUGAGAUUGAAGAAGUUAGUUGAAAAAGUUUUACUAAACUCGUAAAAUAAUUCUGUUGUGCUAGUCAGUAUCAAUCAUAUGGAAAGAAGUUUUCUUUUGCCAGGGGCAGUAAGCUUUGAUUUUUGUACCAUAAAACCAACAGAUAUGAAGCAGAAACAGCAUGAUAAAUACAUCAUAUUCAUAUCUCGUGAACGUCUGAAAAGCAAGCAUAAAGAAAUAGAAAUGCCUAUCAAUUAAAACUAAAAUCUCAUACGUGUAAGGCAGUUCUUAAUGAAGCAAAAAAAAACCUUAAUAAAGAAUUCAUUCAUCAGGAAAGAAACGCAUUUCAUACAGUUUGAGUUAUUUCGUAAAACAUCAACACGAGUAGCGAUGAUAGAAACGAAAAGAAUAUAAUAAUAAUGAAAUGAAAUUGAAACAAUGAAAGAUAACAAAUUCGACACUAUGCACCAAUUACGUUCGUUCACGAGUCAUUUCGCUUCACGAUUCACAAACUGGCAAACAUAUGCGCAUAUGUUUGCGCACAUCCGCACACUCGCAAGCACGCUGUGGGAUGAAAGGGCUCUCUGACACAGGAAACGGAGCUACUUAGCUCCGUUUUUUGCUUGCGGGGGUGCAUGCGUACACAACCAUGCGUAUUCACCUGAACGAUAGUGGAUGAUGAUUUGAGUGAACAAUAUUUAUUCCAGAGAACGCAUUUAAGCUACCGGGCGUGGUAUUCAUAACGUACCUACAUCAUAUAAAAACAUUAACAACCUUCCAGAGUGCAAGAUAUUGACUAAUCAAACCCUCUAUCGAUCAAGUUAGUCGUUAACCGAAAAAUGAAACGAGCUAGUUGCGUGCACAUAGUAUAUUUUACAAUGAAUGAGAUUAUUGUAAGCGCCACCCACUGCCUAAUCUUCAAAACAGAAAUUAUGAAAAAGAUAUAUGUGAAGAACAUAAGUAAAACUAACAGGAUCGAAAAUAAAAAGGUUAGUAGCAAACAGCACAUUGAACAAUAAAAUUCGUAAGGUAUUUGGGUAAAUCGAGCGAAAGAUCAACACACACACACGUCAAUGUGUAAGUGCGACGGAGAGAUACCAACACGCAAACAAUGAAAUUUGAAAGCUACUAAAAAGAAAUAGUCCGAUGAUGUCAUGAAAAACUGGAAAUCAUACGAAAUAGCGCAUAUAAAUUCACAGAACAAAAAAUCAUCUAUCAGUUACUGUUGCGUUUUUAGGAACAAUUCAGGCAGGUUUCGCUAGUACGAACUCUAGAAUGCAAGCGAACGCUUUAGAAUUGUUCUUUAUAGUUAGAACAGAUUAAAGUAGGCUUGUGCUUUUGUUCACCUUUCCAUCGUUUUGAUUUCUUCAGUGUACAAAACAUUGUUAUCGUACACAGGAAACCUCGAUCAUACAAGUUUUUUUAAAAGUAAAUAGUGGAGACUACAUGAGCGAACUACGCAGUUACUUAGAUCAGAGAUUUAAGAGGAAUCAUUUACGGAUGAAUACAAUUUGAUUGGACCCACAUCCAGUUACCAAUAUUCCUAAGAAUUUUUUAUUAAGGAUAAACGGACGCUUGCGAGCGCAAAAUAUGAAAAUUUUCUUUUCCAGCGUUUAAAAAACGAAAGCUUGUGGUGGUUAAUGUACGUGCACUCGUAGUAAAAAGAGUAACGAUAUUCAAACUGACCAAUUGUUCUACAAAAGCUACAUCAAUUCACAAAUUGCUUAAAAUACUGAGUACAUACAUGCAGGUUUCCUUUUUUUUCUAUUUAAAAUUGUUCAUUUCAAUCCGUGAGUAGAGUAAUAGAAACGAAUAUUUCACUUGCCAUCACACCAUCACAAUUGAAAAUAAUCCCACGUUUUCCUAUAAACGCGUUUUUAUGAAUAUAACUCUUUAAAAUGAAACAAAAAAACGACAACUUAAAUUCGACAUCUACCGAAACGAACAAGCGUGAAUAUUUAUAAAAACUAAAAAAAAACAAACAUACAAAAUCAAUCAAAUGGCGCAAGCUGUGUUGGGUUUACGUACGGAAACGUUACAUACAAAAA